AUGCACUGUGCCUACCCCACAGAUCGGCUGCUGAGACAACGAACCAUGAGCCACUCCAGACAUAUGGGCAAGAUAAAAAAGAGGCUGGAGGACAUCAAGAACCAGUCCCUUAAGUCAACCAAAGCAGAUUUCAGCCACAACGAAAGCAUAAGGCUGGCCACCGACGCCUUCCUGGACGGGGGGACAGACUCGUAUCUCCAAACGCUGAGCAAAGAAGGAGAGGUGGAUUUCCUCUCCUCGGUGGAAGCUCGGUACAUCAAGGAGAACGCCAGGGAGUCGUAUUACGCGCAGGAAUCCCCCGCGGACGGGGCGGCUGCGCCAAGGCAGACCGAUGCUGGCUCUCUCCCGUCGGGGACCUACUUCCCAACCAUUUCUGACAGCAGCGAGCCAGCCCUCCUGCACACAUGGAUUACGGCAGAGAAGCCCUAUUUAAAGGAAAAGUCCACGGCCACGGUGUAUUUCCAAACGGAGAAGAACAGCAACAUCAGAGACAUCAUACGCCGGUACAUCAACAAGACCACACAGGUGCUCGCUAUCGUGAUGGACGUGUUCACAGACACUGAGAUUCUCUGUGACCUCCUGGAGGCAGCUAACAAGCGCAUGGUCUUCGUCUACCUGUUGCUCGAUCACGGCAACCUAAACCUCUUCUCUGAGAUGUGCGACAAACUGCAAAUUGCUGAGGAUCUCUUCAAGAAUAUCUCAGUCCGCAGUGUUACUGGAGAGGUUUACUGUGCCAAAUCAGGCAGGAAAUUUUCAGGACAAAUACAAGAAAAAUUUCUUAUCUCUGACUGGAGAUAUGUGCUCUCUGGAUCUUACAGCUUCACGUGGUUGUGCGGCCAGGUUCACCGCAAUCUCCUCUCCAAGUUUACCGGGCAAGUUGUGGAGCUGUUUGACGAGGAGUUCCGACACCUUUACGCGCUGUCCAAACCCGUCAGGGGCCCGAAGUCUCCGCCACGCACCAUGCCCUUCUUCUUCCGCACCACCUGGGCUCCCCAGCGCAGCCUCCCCGACAGCAACGAGGGCAGCGCCAACACUCUCUCAGACCCCUUGAGCAGCCUCUCAGCCGGCAGCACCCACCAGAACAAGCAAACCCCGAGAACUCUCAUAUUCAGCGGCAACCUGACCCCGCAGUCACCGCUGCAUAGAGUUAAUUCUUUCCACAGCUUUGUCUCGUUCACGCCCCCCCCAGCCCAGCCGGCCAUCCAGCCUAACUACUACCAGCCGCACUACGCGGCCGAUAGCUCGGCGGUUCUCUACAACAGCAUGAACAUUUACCGACCUGUAAGAGUUAGACAAGAGGAACCAAACAGGACGGGCUUAAAUUCACCCUGGCGAUGCCUCCACAAAGGUAACCUGUUUGCAUAA